AUGAAUUGGGAUACCUCUACCACAAUGGCUGCGCAUGUUCAACCUGAUCACAAAAAAGAACAUACCCGGUGGGGCAGAACAACUUGUCCUCCUUAUUCAAAUCUUGUAUAUGACGGUGUGGUUGGUGGACAAUUCUUUGACCACACAGGUGGCGGUAGUAAUCUCUUGUGUUUACCUAACGAUCCCAUUUGGGCCAAUUAUACGACUGAAGUUGAAGAAGGUGGUUACAUUUAUGGCAGUGAAUAUGAAAUUGGCCACUACUCAAAUAAACUCUUUUCUUUUGCUAACGCUAAAACACUUCAUGAGCACAACGUUCCGUGCGCUGUCUGUUUGACACGACAACCUGCUGUUGUUAUGAUGUUACCAGCAAGGACACAGUGUUACGAUGGUUGGACAGCUGAGUAUUCAGGGUAUUUGAUGACCGAGCGUCAUAGUCAUAAAGGCAGACAUGAAUAUGUGUGUGUGGAUUAUGCACCAGAAGCUGAUCCAGCGGGUUACCGAAACGAAAAUGGAGCUUUAUUAUAUUUCGUUCAGGCUUCUUGUGGUUCAUUGCCAUGUCCACCGUAUGUCAAUGGUCAAGAAUUAACCUGCGUUGUGUGCAGUAAAUAUUGAAUAGAAAUUAAAUUCGGUUCCAUAUGAAAAUAU